AUACACCAUUUCUCUCUCUCUUCUCUCUCUGUUACAUAAAUAUGGGCACGGGCAACAGCUUACUGUUUGCGAAACAGUGACUGAUUUCGUCGUCGGCAUCAAAACCCUAAUUAUCGGCGGUGGUAAUUGUGUUUUCAAUUUCACAAUUCAUGCGAUUGCAGCUAGGGUUUUCAUAAUUAAUUUCGUGAUUAUGGAGAGAUCUGGAUGGAAGGAUCUCAGCGACUUCACCGACCAAUCCAGCAGCUCAUUUUCUGAUUCGGCGCGGUUUGAUGCUGCGCAGUAUACUUUUUUUGGGAAAGGUGCGGUGGAUGAAGUGGAAUUGGGGGGAUUUGAAGAUGAGGAUGGGUUUGCUUCUGGAGUUGAAGGCAGAAUUGGUGGGGAAGAUGAUCUCAAUGAGUAUCAUUUGUUUGACAAAGAUGAGGGAUCAGGAUUAGGACCAUUAUCUGAAAUAGAUGAUCUGGCUACUACAUUUGCUAAGUUAAACAAAGUUGUUUCUGGACCUAGGCAUCCUGGUGUUAUUGGUGAUCGAGGAUCUGGAUCUUUCUCAAGGGAAAGUUCAUCAGCUACUGAAUGGGCACGAGAAGCAGAUUUUCCCGAUUGGGUUGACCAUCACAUGUCAGACUCAGAAUGCUAUGAGGAAAACAAGAGAUGGUCAUCACAGCCACAUCGUUCUUCAUUGUACCGCCAAGAGUCUACACCAUUAUAUAGAACUUCAUCAUACCCUGAGCAGCAGCAAAUGCUUCAACACUGUUCUAGUGAGCCUAUUUUAGUCCCAAAAUCAGCAUUCACUUCUUUCCCUCCACCAGGAUCACAACAAGCUUCACCAAAUAGUGCUCAUCGUAUUAGUUUGUCAUCUCUUUCUGGUGGACUUCAGUUGCCUUUCUCUUCUUCGAGCAACUCUUCAUUAGCUAAUUCUGCUCUCCAUAUGUCUGGCCUGCCACAUGGAUACCAUUAUAACCCAAACAUGUCACGUUUAUCCUCACCCAAUAUCUCACGUCACAAUCAACAUCAAAAUCAAUGGAGUAGUCACGCUGGUGUUCUUCAUGGGGAUCAGUCUAUUCUCUUAAACAAUAUUAUGCAGCAUCAGUUUCAAAAUGGGUUAUUACCAUCACAUCUGCUGUCCCCACAGCAGCAGAGAGGACAACUUUCAUUUCAACCAUCAUUAGCCCAUUUUUCAGCAUUACAGUCACAAAUAUAUAAUACCUACCCCUCUCCUGCACAGUUAAGCAAGUAUGGAUUAGCAGAAAAGAAAGAAGCAAAACCUAAAUCUGGAAAGAGCAGACACUCUGUCAGAUUUUCCCAUCAAGGGUCUGAUGCUAGCAGCAGCCAUAAAAGUGAGAUUAAUUUUCCACAAAUUAAAUCUAAGUACAUGACUGCUGAAGAGAUUGAGAGCAUUCUUAAGAUGCAGCUUGCUGCUACCCAUGGGAGUGAUCCGUAUGUGGACGAUUAUUACCAUCAAGCAAGUCUUGCUAAGAAAUCUGCUGAAACAAGGUCAAGGUUUCGUUUUUGCCCAUCUCACCAGAAAGAACAAUCUUCUCGUUCCCGUAACAGUUCUGAACAACAGCCACAUCUCCAUGUUGAUGCUCUUGGAAGGGUUUGCUUCUCUUCAAUUCGCAGGCCUCGUCCACUUCUUGAAGUUGACCCUCCUCCCUCUGCCUGUGGGGAUGGUAAUGCUGAACAGAAAUUAUCUGAGAAGCCUUUGGAAGAGGAGCCAAUGCUUGCUGCUAGGAUAACUACUGAAGAUGGGUUAAGUCUUCUUCUUGAGGUCGAUGACAUUGAUCGGCUGUUACAGUUCACUCAACCUCAAGAUGGUGGGAGCCAGCUCAAGCGGAAACGUCAUGUUCUAUUAGAAGGAUUAGCUGCAUCUCUUCAGCUAGUUGAUCCCUUGGGAAAAAAUGGAAAUGCUGUGGGUCUCUCCCCCAAGGAUGAUAUAGUGUUUCUACGAAUAGUUUCCUUGUCCAAAGGCCGAAAACUUAUUUCAAAGUUUCUUCAGCUACUCAUUCCUGGUAGUGAGCUGGCUCGAAUAGUUUGCAUGGCCAUCUUCCGCCAUCUAAGAUUUUUGUUUGGUGGCUUGCCAUCUGAUGCAGAAGCAACUAUUACCAUCAACGAUCUUGCCAAAAGAGUCUCUCUAUGUGUUAGUGGAAUGGAUCUUAAUUCACUCAGUGCUUGUCUUGCUGCAGUUGUUUGUUCCUCCGAACAGCCGCCACUUCGUCCAGUAGGCAGUCCUGCUGGAGAUGGUGCAUCAGUCAUUUUGAAGUCUGUUUUAGAAAGAGCUACAACCCUGUUAAGAGAUCCUCAGUUUGGCGGAAACUACAGCAUCCCUAAUCCUGCACUUUGGCAGGCUUCUUUCGAUGCCUUCUUCGGUCUCCUGACAAAAUACUGUGUGAGCAAGUAUGACAGUAUUGUGCAGUCGUUAGUUGUUCAGAAUGCACCGAACACAGAGGCAAUUGGUCCAGAGGCUGCAAAGGCUGUAAGUAGAGAGAUGCCCGUGGAACUUCUUCGUGCUAGUCUGCCUCAUACUGAUGAGAGUCAGAAGAAGUUGCUACUGAAUUUCGCCCAGAGGUCCAUGCCCGUUACUGGAUUUAAUGCUCAUGGUGGAAACAGCGGACAGAUAAACCCCGAGUCUGUCAGAGGCUGAAAUGGAAAAUAUCUGGAAGCUAUUCUGUUGGCUUGUUCUUCAUUUGAGCUCUGUUCCAAGUCUUGUUGUGACAGAGAUUGAGACAGUAUGUGUAUAUGUCGGGCAGAUUUUAACGCCUCAAGAUUCUAUGUUUUAGUCUCUUCCAACUCCAAAGAUCUCCUCCAACCAGACGGUCCACUCUGGCGGUGUCUCCUCCUCCUCUCUUUUAGGUCUGUGAAAGCAUUUGUUUUCUGCUUCGUUUUUAUUGUUAUACUAUCUUACAUGACUGUGAGUUCAUGUCGGAAGCUCUUGUAUGCUUUUAAAUCUAAAGAGCUUUCUUUUCUGUAACUCUGGAUUGAAACCUUUGACUCUUAAGGGUGAAAUGUACAGCCUAAGGUAAGGCAUCGCCGGUGGUGGUGUUCGUUAUAUCUCUGUCAGUUUGACUUCCUCCUAAUGUCUGUAGAAAUUAGGAAAGUCGGUGGCGUCGUCAACCGAUAGGAUAGGGGUAGUAAUGCAGGUUGGGAGAUGGUUGUCUCAGAGGAAGCUUGUAAUAAAAAAAACUUUGUAUGUUGAAUUUUCUAGGGUUCUACUAGCCCUUUUUUUACAGGCUCUGUAGAUCUCUUUAUGUU